AUGGACACGCUCUCCCUCGCUGGCAAAGUAGCCAUCAUCACCGGAUCGGGUCGUGAGACUGGUAUCGGUGCCGGAAUUGCAACUGCUCUGGCACGCAACGGUGCCUGGGUGGUCAUCAACCAUGUCUCGGAGGCGACUGCCCCUCGAGCUGCAAUAGUUGCUGAAACGCUGAACCAGAAUACUGCCGGAAAAGCGGUUGUUGUGCAGGCGGACGUGGGUUCGCCAGAGGGUGCGAAGAAGCUUGUUGACGAGGGGUUGAGGUUAUUUGGAGUGGAUCAUGUUGAUAUUCUGGUGAACAACGCAGCAAGUGGCAAUGUCGAGCCGUGGCUCAGCGUAUCCCCCUCUUUCAUGGAGAGUAUGUUUCGAACAGUUGUCUUCGCGCCAGUAUACAUGAUUCAAGCCGUUAUCCCUCACAUGCCCCGCGGCGGACGUAUAAUCAACACGGGAAGUGUCGCAUCGAAGGUCUGCCCGCCCCCAAUACCGAUCUAUUCAGGCGCAAAAGCUGCAGUUGAUGCAAUGACGUUCAGCAUGUCGAUGGAUUUGGGGCGUGGACAUGGAGUGACUAUUAACACUGUGAUGCCGGGUGGUGUUGCAACGGAUGUGUUACCUAAGGAGGUUCUGGCGAAGAUCCAUGAGCCCUUGAUCGCUAUGACGAGGGCUGAGGAGAGGAUUGGAACAAUAGAGGAUAUCGGCGAUGCAGUGCUGUUGCUUUGCAGCGAGAAGAGUAGAUGGAUCACGGGGCAAGUUAUUAGUGUUAGCGGUGGAAUCACUGGUGGUUGA